AUGAUGCCAUCCUCCUCAUGGGACACUUUAUCGUACGAUGAGCUACUAGAGAAAAAGCGGACAUUUCGAAGUCGACUUGAUGCUAUUGAAGUUUCAGAUCCCAUUCAACGUUCAAGCAAACAGGCAACUACAUUCAAUAGUUUUCCUUUCAACCCGAAGGUAGACACGCACUGGGACUUUGUGAUGAAGGAGAUGAUGUGGUUGGGUGAUGAUUUUCAAGGUGAGCGAAAACGGCAGCUCUCUUUAGCGAAAAAGUGUGCUUCAUCGGUGAAGCAGUAUCACAAGACAAAGGAAACACGAAGGCUGAAGGAGCUGCAAAAUGCAGCCUCAAAGCAACGAAGAAUGGGAGCCAAAAUUGGCCGCGAUGUCAAAAGCUGGUGGUCCAAGAUCGAAAGAGUCAUAUCGUAUAAACAGAAGCUGAAGGCAGAUGAGCAACGAGAAAGGGCAAUGAAUACGCAGCUGAUCCUCCUUGUGCAGCAAACAGAACGGUACAGUGCGUCGCUGUCCGGCGCAUUGGAUAUGGAAACUUCCAAUAGUUAUGAUAGUCCGAACGAUGUCGUGGAGACGAACAAAACCAAGGCGCAACGGGAACGCUUGACGAUCGAGGCUUCGCUGGCCAUGGAACGAAAACGGAAAUCAAAAGAAAGAGUGCGUGACUACGCUAGAAUGAAGUUGGACGAUCGGGAGUUCUACGGAGAAUCUACUGUAUCAGAUGCUGCCUCAGAUGUCUCAUACCAACCAGAGAGUGACACGGAUGACGAAUCAACAAUUAAAGCAGCGAUGGAUGACGAACUUCUUUCCCGCGUCCGUACUCAAGAUUCUGAAGAGCAUGCUGUGUACCAAACAGAUCUUCUUGAGUUGCGCACACUACACGAAGAAGCUGCGAUGGAAAUCAACCAGUUGAUGAUGCGAUUUCGACCAGAAGGGAAAUCAGAUUUUGCGUCGGAGGAAAAGCGACGCAACAGCUUCAGUGGACAAGGAAAACAUGUAAGGUUCCGACGCCAACAAGAAAUAAGAACUGAAGAAACGGACAGAGGAAAAUUGACUUGCGGAAAAUUGAAUGCUUUGGUCCCAGCCUGUAACGCUGUAAACGAUACAGGGCUGGGUAUUGAAGGAGAAGUUGAUCAGGACUUUUCGGACCAAGAUCCGGAAGUCGACGAUGAGACUACGAUUGCAGAGGAAGAGAGGCUUGCACAGAAAAUGGCGGCGCACCAGGAAAUCACCUUGCUUGAGGACGAAAGCAAAAUGUCGAUCACAGACCUCCUCAAGCUUUAUUAUGGAACAGCUAAUGAUCCAAGUGUGAAAGCACCAGUGAUUGCUGGGGUGGAUACGCAUAGUGACCUUGAAGCGGCAGAAAAUGAGCAAAGAGCAUGUGUACCGGUAGAAGAAAAUUUGCUGGAACAGAAAUCUGGUGAAUUGUUGACUGAACAACGGAAGAUCGAUAACUUCCUCCAAACUGGAAGAUCAAAAAAUGAAGCAAGCAUUUCUGGAGACUACGCAGGCCUAGUUUCCACAACUCACCCAACCCCACGGAGAGGAUCGGUCGGUUUUUUAAAUGUCACAGAAGUACAAAACGACGAGUAUCAACCAACAAAUGACAGGGAAGUAGACGACGAAAGAACAAUUGCUGCAGAAGAAAAGCUUGGCCAAGACCUGAGCUAUGAGGACGAAUUGUCGUUACUGAAGCGGGAGAAUGAGAUGUCCAUAGAGGCGCUGAGGGCGAUGUACACAAAUCAUCCUAGUGGAAACGAAGCGAACGAUGAAGACGACCAAUCGAAUGUGGUGAUACAUAGUGCAUGCAAAUAUUCUGCUCCUACCGAGAGCGACCACAAUCCUCCAUCAGGCACAAGUGUCUUCAACCAGAAGGAGAGUAAUAAAUCCGACAUUGUAAGAAAACGAGACAGCACACUUGGGGAUGGCGAAAAGGCACUUCAUGCGUUGGAGACGUCAGCAACACGUGCUCGAACCACUAUGGCAAGUCGACCAUAUCUGCUAGCUCGCUGGGUGCAGUUAAGGAAGUAUCAGCAGGUUGGUCUGAACUGGUUGGUAUCUCUGCAAUCAAGAAGCUUAAACGGUAUCCUUGCUGAUGAAAUGGGUCUAGGGAAAACCCUUCAGACAAUAUCCCUGCUUUCGUACUUGGCAUCGUACAAAGGUAUCUGGGGACCACAUUUGGUUGUGGUUCCUACAUCAGUGAUAAUCAAUUGGGAGACUGAACUGAAGAGGUUUUGCCCUGCUUUGAGAGUUCUUUGUUAUUACGGCUCAGCAAAAAGGAGGAAAGAGUUGCGGGCUGGGUGGACACAGACAAAUUGGUACCACGUUGUCAUCACGUCUUAUCAACUUGCUGUCCAAGAUGCAUUUGCAUUAAAGAGGAAAAAGUGGUAUUACUUGAUUCUUGACGAGGCACAGAAUAUUAAGAAUUUCCAGAGUCAACGUUGGCAAACUCUAAUCAACUUCAACACACAAAGACGGCUUCUGUUGACAGGUACCCCUCUCCAGAAUAGUCUGAUGGAGCUUUGGUCCCUCCUUCAUUUUCUCAUGCCAUACAUUUUCCAUUCACGGAAAGAAUUUUCAUAUUGGUUUUCAAAUCCAAUGAACAGUAUCAUUGAAGGAAAAACAAAUCUCAACGAUGGAAUCAUAAAGAAGUUACAUGGUAUCAUUCGCCCUUUUAUUCUUCGGCGUCUCAAGAAAGAAGUCGAAACUCAAAUGCCUGGAAAAUUUGAGCAUAUUGUUAAAUGCCAGCUAUCAAGGCGUCAGAUGCAACUUUACGAGGAGUUUUUAUCGCGAUCUUCCACACGUCAGGCUCUUCAGAGAGGGGGGAACUUCAUGGGGAUGAUGAACGUCCUCAUGCAGCUACGAAAGGUGUGCAAUCAUCCGGACCUCUUUGAGCCUCGUUCAAUAAUGACUCCAUUUGUUGUUCAAGGAGUUCGGGUGCCUGUGCCUGGUUCUAUUUGCUUCAUUCAGCCUGGUAGCAAUACUUCUUUGUCUAUCAGUGAAUUCAUCUUGAAACCACUUUGGAGCAGGAACAGCAGUUUCCCAACUGUAAAAGCUGGUUUACAAAGUAGUGAUCAAGUGGCUUUUCAGCGGCAUUCAGUGAGGGCAAACCUGGACAAGCAAUCACUGAUCUUGUCCCACAACUGCAGUGAAUCGCAAGAUGAACUCCAGGCACUAAUACAUGAGGUCACUGCAAUAAGGAAAAGGAAAGAGUCAACCAAAAUGCAAUUUCAAGACACAGUCAACUCUCGACGCUGCACGCCUUGUCCAUUUCCAUAUCCACAAUCUCUGCAAGAUGCAGUGGAUGUUGAAGUUGAUAUUUUCCAUCGUGUUGGUGCUUCAGAACUGAGGAAGAGGGAGAUAUUAUCCACCCCUGCAAGUCUUCUUCGUAUUAGGAAGCUAGAACAGCAAAGAGCAAAUCAAUUUGAUGGUUCAUUAGAAAAAAUUGUUGUGUGUGUGCCCAGAGUUGGAGCCAGCGCAGCAAUCAUUGAGACAACCAGUUCUGUUCCCUAUCAAUUCUCUAGUCAGUACCAAAAGGAUGCUAAAGAUUUCUUGGAGGGUCCACUUGGAGCAGCAAUGCAACCAUAUAGCAAGGUUCUUGCGCGCCUUUCUGCUUUCUUUCCAGACAGAAAGCUUGUCCAGUAUGAUUCUGGCAAACUCCAGAAGCUCGCGGAAUUGCUUCGAGGUUUGCAGCUAGGGGGGCAUCGUGCUUUAAUAUUUACGCAGAUGAGCAAAAUGCUUGACAUCCUUGAGACAUUUUUGAAUAUUCAUGGAUAUACAUACUUAAGACUUGAUGGUUCUACUGGCAUUGAUCAACGUCAGAGAUACAUGGACCGGUUCAACAAUGAUGAAAAAAUAUUUUGCUUCAUCUUGAGCACAAGAAGUGGUGGAAUGGGGAUAAAUCUCACUGGAGCAGAUUCAGUCAUUUUCUAUGACAGUGACUGGAACCCUGCAAUGGAUGCUCAGGCUCAAGAUCGUGCACAUCGAAUUGGACAGACCCGCGAAGUGCAUAUCUAUAGACUUGUCACUGAACAUACUAUAGAAGAAAACAUCUUGAUGAAGGCAAAUCAGAAAAAGAGAUUAGAUAUAAUGGUUAUGGACCAAGGCAAAUUUGAUGCAUCACUGCUUUCCAGGGAGAAUGGUAGUCAAGUGAAACAUGCAUACACAAAGGGUGGGCUUCAUGACAUUAUUGGAGUGAACAAAUCUCACGACUUUCCUGGAGAUGAUGAUAUGGAGCUUGCACAGGGCACUGUAAAUAUCAGUAACGAAGAAAUGGAAAUGGCUAUGGCAUCUCUGGAGGAUGAUGAUGACGUGCAGGCGUUACUAGGUGCACACCGAGAAGCUGCUGAAGUUCUCAAAGAAUUUGAUGACUCUGCAGAGGUGAAGGAGGAAGAAGACAAUGAGGAGGAGGCUGAUUGUGACAUCAAAGACCCAUCUAUUGUCCAACCAGCAAAACGAAGAAAGUUGGGGCAUUUUGCAUCUGAGAAAGGUUCAGAUGAGCAAAUGUCUUCACACCAGGAGAUAGAGAAGGAUUUUGCCACAUGGCAAAGUACUGUAGGUUUGGAUGCAGCAGCUAUUGAUAGAGCAUUGGCACCAGUGGAGAGGUAUGCCCUCAAUCUUCGAGAAGAAAUUGAUCCGUUUUUCUCCCCAUUUCAUAAUAGGGAGGAGUCACUCGAGGUAGUGCAAUUGCAGGAUGACCCUGAUAUUGAUCAGAUUGAAAGGAUGAAAUCAUACGAAGAAGAGCAAGCCAUCAGCAAUGGUGACCUUUUGGGGACAUGCCCUCAGCCUGAGUCGUUGAUUAGGCAACGGAAUCUCUAUCAGAGGGAGCGCAUGCGUUUGCUUUCUGAAAAGAAACGUCGUCAGCUUACUGGCGAGAGUUGGUCUACCAAAGUUGAUGGCAUAACAGAAACUUCAUUUUGGUACAAUUACGACACAGGCGAAGCAUUGUGGAACAAACCAAAUGUUCUGCUUCAGAUUGAGGAAUACAAUAUGGCAAUGCUGAGAGGGUGGUGCUCUCUACCUCUCAAGGCGUUGGUUAAUAUCAUGGAUUACUUGGUCCCAUUUAAAGAUCGUCAGAAAUGUGCAUCAGUCUGCCUGCAUUGGAAAGCAGCUGCCAAUGACAUUCGAUUUGUAAGACAUGUUUAUCCAGUUGAGAUGGGUGCUAUAAGUUGUGACACAAAGAGACUGCACAAUCACUACAGAACACUGGACGAAGUUAUGAUGGUUGCCUUGCCAGGUGAUACAAUAGAGCUUUCUGACGGGCACUAUUGGGUGACAGAACCUGGUCUUGUGGUUGAUAAACCCCUCAAGUUUGUGGGGGAUGAAAAGAACCCAUCAAAUGUUGUAGUUGAAAUAGCAGGAUCUCUAGGGUGGAAAGCAAAGGGAGGAAGGAUGGAAGGGAUCACUUUCCGCAGGUCUGCAAUUUCCACACAUUCCAAGGUGCCUCAUCCAAUUUUGAAUGUGACAGGUAUUGGGAGAGUAGACAUCAGCAAUUGUGUUUUUGACAAUGGCAUGUAUGCAGGUUCAGUAACUAUACUUUCUGGUAGUGGCUCCAAAGGGUCAUGGAGAGCUGUUCAUAUCAGAAAUGGUGGUUCACAUGGUGUAGAAAUGGAAGGCAAUAUCAAUCUUGACAUGAAGAAGUCAUUUGUUAGUGGGAAUUGUGGGAACGGCAUAAAGUGUUCACAUCAAUCAAUGCUGUCUCUUUACGAAACAAAGGUAGCAAACAACCUUGGUUUUGCUCUCCAAUGCCAAAGCGGCUCCAGAGCAGAUAUCACCAAUUGCUGCUUUGACAAGAACAGAAAGGGUAUCAUUUUCAAAGAAGUAGGAUGUGUCGUUGCUUGCAGUGGUAAAUACAGCAUGGGUUUUGAAAGCUCCUGA